UUCGGAUAAAUCACGACCAUUGGUGAUUACGUUCGUUAGAGCUAGUUUAUUUUAUAAUAUGCAUUUCGAGAUUAACCUAUGAGAAUAUUAAGAAGAAAAUGGCGGUUCUAGUUUUUAUAUAUUGAAUACUUUCAACUGAGAUUCUAUAAAACUUGUACAGUUGUUUAUUAUUGUUACUGCAUUGGCCACUAUGGGCUUAUGUAGGGUAUUUGCCACUGUGCCAAUUCAGUGUAGACGGCGUACAUCUCUAAAUUGUAUCCGAGGAUUUUCCACAACUGCCGUGUCCAGGGUGGAUGAGGACAGCAAUGCUCAUAGCAGAAUAGAUAAUUUCAUAUGGCAACUUAAGUUAACAUGUUGUUUAACUGGAGUUGCAGCAUCUAUAUACAGCGCUUAUGUGUUUAUAAGUUCGGGAUACGAUAUUGAGAGAUCAAGACGAAAGGUCACUGGCCAUUAUUAUAGUAUCAAGUACGGUCCAUCGCUACCGAAGCGUGUUGAGGCAUUGAUUAAUUCUAGGUUCAAUGCGUGUUUAAAUAGCGAGGUCUUGGACUACGUGGCUAGAUACUUUAUUAAGUUUGACCUUCUUAAGGAAAACGGGUUCACGCGUAGAGAUGCCAUUUUAUUUCUUGAGGGUCUUGGCAUAGAAGAGAAGCACCCAUUGGUUGAGCAGUUUAUCGCAGGUGGCGUAGGUGAAUCGCGUGACCACCGUAUUGUCAGCGGUUGCUCUUUGCAGGAGUUUGCUGAGUUGCUCGAAUCGCUGGUACUAGAAAAUCGCAUUAACGGGGGGAAUGAAAUCGAGGGCAAUAUAAAAACCGAGUUGGAAAAAAUCGUCGGAGAUGAUGUUGCAUCAUGUGGAGCUCCUAGGAAAUUUCGCUUAAACAACCCUAUUCUUUGGCAUCAUACUAGCCAAUUAACCAAGGAAUUGCGCAAAUAUGUUGAGGCUGACGUUCAGGCUGCCAAGACUCUUGACUUAGAGAAUGAGAUUAGGAGGCUCAACAGGGCCAUAGACCAACUAGAUCGCAUAUCGAAAUCAAGGGGUUUAUCUGACGCAGAACGCAAGCGUAAGGUGUCUAUAGAGGAUGAGCUUGAAAUGUUACGUGCUGAGUUAGCUAAGGAGCAUAAUGUAGCUAAUAAGCUGAGGCUCAUGUGACGUUGAUGCACUUCAUAUGUGAAUAUAGUAACCAACAUUUCAGGGGC